CUUACUCCACUCCUGUAGUUGAUGCAAGAUGCAGCCUGUUACAGUUCUUCUGACCGCUCUACAGCUGCUGUCCCUGGUGCUCCCAGGAGAGCCUCAGGGCCUUGAAGAAAAAUUGGAUUCCAGCAAUGUGAACUGCAGCCACAUUCAGCCAGUGCAUGAGCUGGUGAGAAGUGUGUCAAGCUCUGUGGAUGAAGGAGGCACAUGCCAUUGUGUGGUUCACCUGUCCGACAACCCCAUCCCCUUGCAGCAGCUGGAACAGCUACAUAGUACAGCUCAGGAGCUCAUUUGCAAGUAUGAGCAGAAGCUAUCCAGAGUCAGUGAGUAUGUACGUACCACUGAAGGUCAAGACAAUGAGGUUCUGGAAAUGAGCCAUAUACUGGAGUCCAGGAAUCCCAGCGCCCUUGCUUCUCCCUAUGAGAUCCCAGCCUUCAACCUGCUGCACCUGGAGCUGGAGGGAAUACAGGAAUUGGUGACUCAACUGAAGGCCAAGGGAGGCAUUAGUGUGGCUGGGGACCUCCUCUAUUGACUCCAGAGCUAGCUUCUUGUGCCCAUGGAGACCUCCAGAAAGUUAGCAAACCCCUUGUGGUGCAGCUCAAUUGGAGAGGCUUCUCAUACAAGGCAGGUGCCUGGGGCCGAGACUCAGCACCCAAUCCAGCCUCUUCUGUUUACUGGGUGGCCCCUCUAUGUACAGAUGGUAGGUACUUUGACUACUAUCGGCUGUACAAAUCCUAUAAUGACCUCGUGCUGCUGGCAAACUAUGAAGAGAGGAAGAUGGGCUAUGGUGAUGGCAGUGGAAAUGUUGUGUACAAGAACUUUAUGUACUUUAACUACUAUGGCACAAGUGACAUGGCCAAGAUGGACCUUUCCCCCAACACCCUGGUGCUGCGGCAUCUGCUGCCUGGUGCUACCUAUAACAACCGCUUUUCCUAUGCUGGUGUGCCCUGGAAGGACAUAGAUUUUGCUGGUGAUGAGAAGGGGCUGUGGGUUCUCUAUGCCACUGAGGAGAGCAAGGGGAACCUGGUUGUGAGUCUUCUCAACACUAGCACUCUAGAAGUGGAGAAAACCUGGCACACCAGCCAGCACAAGCCAGCCCUGUCAGGGGCCUUCAUGGCCUGUGGGGUGCUCUAUGCCUUACGCUCACUGAGCACCCUCCAAGAAGAGAUCUUUUAUGCUUUUGACACCACCACUGGGCAGGAGCGCUGCCACAGCAUCCUGUUGGACAAGAUGCUGGAAAGGCUGCAGAGCAUCAAUUACUGCCCCUCAGACCACAAGCUAUAUGUCUUCAAUGAUGGUUACCUGAUAAAUUAUGACCUCACCUUCCUGACAAUGAAUAGCAGGCUACCAAGACCACCAGCCAAGAGGACCUCUGGGGUUCAUGUUUCCCCAAAACCUGUCAAACCUAACAAAGCUUUCAGACACUGAGACCCCAGGGCUGGGCAGAGCAUUGGUAGAUGCAUGUCUUCUUCCUUACCUCCGGGAGGACCAUAACCCAAAAUGGUGAUUGGCCCUAAUGAUUGGGAGGCGUUGAUCAUACGUAGUGAGUUCCUUAUGUAAUUAAUAUCUCAAUCAGCACAUUAAGGUUCCCUUUAAUAAUGAUCUAGGUGGAUUUGAUAGGAAAAAAGUGAAAUAUUAGCUAACAAAAUGGUACCCUUUCUUUCUGAUGCUUUGGCAUCUUGUAUUCCUUUUGGAGAAUCAUAAAUCCAGCUUCUAGAACUUGAGAGUUCUGUGAUCUAGAAUUGUCAGUCUCAGGUUGGGAACAUUGGAUUCCAGUGCAGAAGCUGCAGGGGAACUGGUCAUUAGAGUGGGAUAUGCAAGUUCCCUUUCUUAUCUCUACCUUCCUGUGAGGUCCCUAGGGAUAAAAGGGGCAAAAUCUUGGUCUGAAAAUCAAUUUUCAUUGUCCUGGAUCGAUCUCACUUUUGAGGGCAAUUGCAAGAGAAGUGCUUAGGCCUGAGUCUUGCUGUAGUAAGUUAGCAACUGGCAACACAGCAUGGUGAGGAUCUGAUAUGGAUGGCGCUGGGGGUCUAGAUAUUCUCAAUAAAGAAUCAUUGGUUUGGUAGCA